AUGGCUGGCGUUUCUGUCAAGGAUGUGGACGCUCAAAAGUUUGUUACUGCCUAUUCUGCUUUUUUGAAGCGCUCAGGCAAAAUGGCUACUCCUCAAUGGAUUGACAUUGCUAAGACCGGUACCCAUAAGGAAUUAGCUCCUUAUGACCCUGACUGGUACUUUGUUCGUGCUGCUGCCAUUGCUCGCCAUAUCUACCUCCGUAAGCAAGUCGGUGUUGGCCGUCUUUGCAAGGUCUAUGGUGGCUCUGUCAACCGUGGCAUGCGUCCCUCUCACCACCGUGACGGCUCCGGCAGUGUUCAACGCAAGGUUAUCCAAAGCUUGGAAAAGAUUGGUGUACUUGAAAAGUCUGACAACGGUGGCCGCCGUAUCUCUCAACAAGGUCAACGUGAUUUGGACCGUAUUGCCUACUCUCUUUUGGAAGAAGAGAGCGAGUAA